UAUUUAAUUGUCCCAUUUUCUUGAAAAUUGUCAGCAGAAUUAGUCAUAUCAAAAUCGAUUACUUCUUCUUUAUAGUCAAAAGAAAUGAAGCAUUCACAAUUCUGACUAAAACUCUCAAAAACGUUUUGCCUUGGUUCAGAUUCAGGAAGCAAGAGAAUCCGAAGAUGGAAGAAGAAAACCUAUCCUUGUACGCCAUGGUUCUAUCAAGCUCCUCUGUUCUUCCCAUGGUUCUGAAGACAGCCAUAGAUCUUGGCCUCUUCGACAUAUUAGCCGGAUCUGACCCUUCUUCUCCCCUCUCUGCUUCUCAGAUAUCGUCUCUAUUGUCUAACCAAACACAAAAACAUCAUGAUUCAAGCUUGAUCAAUCGGAUUCUUCGAUGCCUAGCAAGCUAUUCUAUAGUCACGUGCUCUGUUUCCAUUGACAAAAGUGAGCCAGUUUCGGUCUAUGGCUUAGCUCCUGUUGCCAAGUACUUCACUAAGAACCAAGAUGGAGGUGGCUCGUUGGCUCCGCUGGUGAAUUUGUUUCAGGACAAGGCCGUGAUUGAUAUCUGGUAUAACCUUAAAGACUCUGUUCUAGAAGGAGGGCUUCCAUUUAACAAGACUCAUGGCUCGAGCGCGGUUGAGUUGGUUGGCAGAGAUUCAAGAUUCAGAGAAGUGUUCCAAAGCUCUAUGAGAGGUUUCAAUGAAGUUUUCAUGGAAGAAGUUGUGAAUAACUACACGGGUUUUGAUGGUUUGAAUUCAUUGGUGGAUGUUGGUGGUGGAGAUGGCUCUGUUCUUAGUAAAAUCAUCUCCAAGCAUCCUCACAUCAUCAAAGCUAUAAACUUUGAUUUGUCCUCUGUUAUCAACACUUCAUCAUCAGCUUCUCCACGUAUUGAGAAUGUUGCUGGAGACAUGUUUACAAGCAUUCCUAAAGGAGAAGCCAUUUUCAUGAAGUGGAUGCUCCAUAGCUGGGACGAUGAGCAUUGCGUGAAGAUACUCAGAAACUGUUAUCAAUCGCUACCGUUAAACGGUAAAGUGAUUGUGAUCGAUAUGGUAAUCCCAGAUUUUCCAGGAGAUACACUCUUAGACAGAAGCUUGUUUCAGUUUGAGUUGUUCAUGAUGAACAUGAACCCAUCAGGGAAAGAAAGAACAAAGACAGAAUUCGAGAUCUUAGCUCGCCUUGCUGGAUUUUCUAGUGUCCAAGUUCCAUUUACAUCUCUCUGUUUCUCAGUUGUUGAAUUCCACAAGAUUGCUUGAUAUGUACUUGAUUGGAUUAUAUUCCAUAAGAUAAAAAGGGUACACAUUUUACUAUAAUUUUUUUGACUCAAGAACGUAUAUUUAUCUGUUUAACAAAAUUUCUCUUUUAAAAAGUGUGAAACAUAGAAA